AUGGUCCCCUCGAACCCCACCUUCCCGCACUUGCCUAUCAGCCGGGUGGCUAUUCCCAGCACCCCGCUCACGAACGCCGCGCUGGCGUAUUCGCGCAAGCUCACCAGCCCGUCCACCGUCAACCAUUGCCUGCGCAGCGUCGCGUUCGCGCUCAUCCUCGCGCGCAAGCUCCCGCCUUACGCAUCUGCCGACCCAGAGACACUCACCCUCGCGGUCCUGAUGCACGACCUGGGCUGGGCGCAGGACGCGUCCAAGUCGCUGCUGUCGACGGACAAGCGGUUCGAGGUGGACGGCGCCAACCUCGCACGAGACUUUAUUGGCAACGCCGAGAUUGCAAACCACGCCAGUGGAUGGGACGAGCACCGUCUCCAGCUCGUCUGGGACGCCAUUGCGCUGCACACCACGCCCAGCAUUGCAGCGCACAAGCAGCCCGUGGUCGCGCUCGUCAGUCUGGGUGUUUUGGCAGAUUUCACAGGUCCCAACCACCCCACGGGCACCAUCUCCGUCGACGAGUACAAGGAGGUGGUGGCGACGUUCCCGCGUCUCGACUUUAGGGAGGAACUGCCCAAGAUCCUCUGUGGGCUGUGUGUCGACAAGCCGCAGACGACGUACGAUAACUUUGUGGGCGACUUUGGGCUUGCUGGGUUGCAGGGGGCCGAGCUGGAGACGUUCAAGGCUGGGAAGGAGAAGAACGGCACUGCAGCGUUGCUUCUUGGUGGACUGCAGGCUUGUGAGCAGUAUGAGUGA